CUACGGUCAGGUGAUAGCACCUUCACCACACCUCUUACUACCGGUCCAAACGGAGACGACAAAUUUGCCUUCAGCACUGUGCGCAUGGGCAUAAUGUCUUUCACUAUGCAGGUUCUUGGCUUGUCCUUCUGCGCAGCGUUCUUUGUGAACGUAUGCACAACGUCCCUUCAGCUCACCACGACAGUAUCGGCUCAGCCUACCAGUCGUCACUGAAUUAUGCGAAGCAAAAUGAGGAAGUCGCAUGCGUUUGGCACGAAGAGCAUGCCGCUGAAGAAGCUCCCGAAGAACAUGAAGAAAAGUAGAAAGCUUUCAGCUGUCAACACACGAAUGUUAACAGCCACAGCCAUCAAUAAAUCGUCUCUUCUCCCGUCAUCAACCAAGUCGUGCCAACAUAUUAGCGACCGCAACGAUCUCCAGGCACUCCAGCCAGAAGUCGCGCCAGUCUCACACAUAACACUUCCUGCGGAGGGCUCGAAGUCUCAAGCCACACAAAAUGCCGUUCUACCUGACCACACGGAUUACGUUGAACAUAUCUAUGCGCAAAGUCCAAAACACACCUCGACCGCAAUACCUCAUCUCGCGCCUUCAGAUCCCUCGCCAGAACUCUCGAGCACCGAACAAACACCCAUCGCCCCGGUCACCUCGCCCACAGGCUCCAAGCAGUCAGUCCCUCAUCACCGCCCCUCAGCCGCAAGAAGUCAAUCCACUUCCCCAGCCUCCGCGUGCUGCCACCAGCACGACUCUACGGCGAUGACCAAAUCCCAUCUGGCAGCAAUGCACCGUUUGCAAAAGACGAGUGCGUGUCGCAGGCUCAUGCGCGCCGCUACUUUCUGUAUCGAAGUUCUAGCCAUGGGACGUGGAUGUUUGUUCAAGGCUGUGAGGAGGUUGUGAGGGGACGGUUAUACGGAGCAUGUUCCUUAUUAAGAAGGGGCGGUGCAGGUGUGAACUUAAGUGAUGGGAUUGGUGUAUGCAUAGCGAGUCACAUCAUCAUAAAAGCUCGAGGAUGUUGUCUUGAGAAGUAGAUUAGAAAAAUCUGGGAGGAUAUA